CAAGUGAUAAGAUGUAACAGGUUCUGUGUACUGUACUAAGUGAAGUGAUUCAAAAUGCCCCUCAAUGAUGACCAGAACAGUGAUUUUGAUUCUUCAAGGCUAUCUGAAAGCACAGCUUCUUCCAGUGACUCUGAAUAUUCAAGGCAGAGUUUUACUAGUGACUCUUCAAGCAAACCCAGCUCCCCAGCUUCAACAAGCCCUCCAAAAACUGUUACAUUUGAUGAAUUGAUGGCUGCUGCAAGAAACUUGUCAAAUUUGACUCUAGCUCACGAAAUUGCUGUAAAUGAAAACUUUCACAUGGAACACGUAGACCUCCCACAGAACAGUUUGGAGGGUAGAGUGAAACAAAUUGUACAUAAGGCAUUCUGGGAUCAUUUGGAGUCAGAACUGAAUGAAGAUCCUCCAGAAUAUUAUCAUGCUAUCAAACUCUUCGAAGAAAUUAAGGAGACUCUUCUUUCCUUUUUGACUCCUGGAGCAAACAGGAUUCGAAACCAAAUCUGUGAAGUCCUGGAUGCAGAUCUUAUAAGACAGCAGGCUGAGCAUGAUGCUGUUGACGUUCUUGGGCUAGCUAACUAUGUCAUCAUCACUAUGGGGAAAUUAUGUGCUCCAAUAAGAGAUGACGAUAUAAAACAGUUAAAAGCAACUGGCAAUAUUGUAGAAUUGUUGAGACAAAUAUUCCAUGUUCUGGACCUCAUGAAAAUGGACAUGGUUAAUUAUACCAUUCAAAACAUUAGACCACAGCUUCAGCGUAACUUGGUGGACUAUGAAAGAACAAAAUUCCAAGAAAUUCUUGAAGAAACACCAAGUGCUCUGGAUCUAACAACAGAGUGGAUAAAGGAAUCAAUAAAAGAUGAAUUGUUGUCUGUUUCUUGUGAAACUUCUUCAUCCCCUGGUGCUGAUGGUAGCUCUAAACCAAAUCUCAGUCCUACUCUGGUGCUAAACAAUGGCUACUUGAAACUGUUACAAUGGGAUUAUCAGAAAAAAGCAAUUCCAGAGACGUUAAUAACAGAUGAAGUUCGUCUUCAGAAGUUGAAAGAGAAGCUGAAUGAGUUACGGAUUAUAGCCUGUGUAUCUCUUAUAACUAGCAAUAUGGUGGCCACAACUAUUGUGGGCUUACCUGAUUUUGCUGACAAAUUAAAAAGGAUUUCAGCUGUUCUGCUGGAAGGGAUGAACAAGGAAAAAUUUGAUUUGAAAGAGGCUCUGAAUACUAUAGGUGUUCAGAUUUGCAGUGAAGUGAACAGGUCCCUGUCUGAGAGAGGAUUUCCCACUCUAAAUAUGGAAAUUCAAAACAGCCUAGUGGGUCAGAUCUGUAGCAUUGUUGAAGAAGAUAAUCCCAUGAGCUCCCUGAUUGAUAAGCGAAUCCAGCUAUAUAUGAAAAGCCUGCUUACUCUUCCAACCAUUCAGAAAUGUAUGCCUACGAUUCCAGGAGGCCUUGCUGUGAUUCAGGCAGAGAUAGAGUCUAUUGGAUCUCAGUAUGCAAGCAUUGUGAAUUUUAAUAAACAAGUGUAUGGACCAUUCUAUGCAAAUAUUCUUCGAAAACUGCUUUUUAGUGAGGCACCAAUGGGAAAAACAGGAACUGAUGCUUCUACUAAUUGAGGGAAAAGAAUGAUCUGGUUAUGCAUCCAGCCCUUUUCCCUUCACAGUAUUUAUUAUAAAGAUAUUGUGAAUUCUGUUCCCUCAAUGUGCAUAAUUUAGUUCAAUGACUGUUGCUGAGACAGGGACAGACAGAGGUGUAUUCAAAGGAGAAUAGACCCUAUAAAGUGUGUACAGGUAAAGCUUCCAAAAUUCAUUGGAAUGAAACUAAUUAAUAUAUAUAUUUUCAUGAACUUAAUCUGUUUAAUGGAUUUUAACACUCAUUGUACCUGAUCAUUAUAAGUGUCUUCUUCCCAAGCAAGCAUUUUUGACUUAAUGUAAAUAUGGAGAAGUACCUCUUGGUUUUGCUACUAUUACAAUUUAAUCAAUGGAACUCUUAGCACUCUUAUUAAAAAAAAACGCACUAAAUACAUUAUGUAUACUGGUGCAAUGACAUAAAAUGAUGAAAUUUUAGUUCAAAUGUACUUUACUUACAGUGCUUUAUUGGUGACACUACAUAACUGAAUAUGAAUCACUUCUUGAAAGACUUAAAGAGGAAAAUAUAGUGUAAUUGGACUUGUAACAAAGUAAAGAAUCAAAUUAGGUCAAAUCCUGAUGAUAUAGUUAUUGGGAUCAUAAUUUGGCCUAUCUUUCACUAGCGCAUGCCACAUUACUAUAAAUGGUAUUAAGUGUACCAGUUAUAGCGUGAAUACGUCUUGCAAAAUAGAAACAUUUCAGAAUUUGUCAAAUGUAAUCCAGCAAUAAAAGAUAAGUCUAACAAUUCUUUUAUUCAUGGAAAACUAACUUGGGUGCUGACUUCAAUUUCCUUACACAAACAAAUGGUUCUAAAAGUUAUCUAAAAGAGGUCAUAUUUUCCUUUAAUUAAACAUUUGGAGGCCUAAUCUGCUUUUUAUACAUGUAGCAGUUGCAACUUCGAUCUUCAGAGGUGCUUAGGCACCUCUGAAUUGGGACUUUAAGCCUUUGAUCUUGAAAGCAUUUAAGCAUGAGAGUAGCCUUAUUGACUUCAAUGGAACAAUUUUUGCUUAAAGUUAAGCAUGUAUUUAAAUAUCUUACUGGAUUGGGGCCUAAAUUUUGAACGUGAGUGGUGAUUUUGUUUACUAACUGGAUAUUUCAAUUUUUUGGGUCAAGUUCAGCAUCCAAAACCAGUCACUAACCAUUUUUGAAAAUUUAAGCCAAAAGCUAUUAAUUCCACAUGCAUUAGGCCAAUACUGCAUCCUGGAAGCUGGCCUGAUCUAAAGCCACUGGAGACCAUAGAAAGAUUCCCACUGUCAUGAAUGGGCUUUGGGGCAGGCCUAUUGGGUAACUGGGGUCUUGCAGAGACUGUUGGAUUGAACCUUUGAUAUGGGAAUAAACUUCUAAAAGUCUACACAAUAUAGACCAAUUAUUUUGCAUAUCUCACAUUAUUGGAUAUGAGUGCUGAAAUAUUCAGUGUAAAAUGUUCCCAUCUUGAUCAGAGUUAAUCAAAUAUACUCAAAAUGUAUAAUUAUAGUAUUUGACUGUUAAAUAGUGAAUUAAUCCUAUUUUUAAAUGUCAAAACAUGUAAACUUUGGCUGGUACAAGUUUCCAGAUAUCUUCCUAGUGUUUUAUAUACAGUAUAUUUUUAUUUAAAAAAUAAACUUUGCCCAUAUGGGAUUAAUGUGCCACACACAAUAUAUAAAUAUACAGUACAACUAGUGUAUCUCUCAUGAAGAUCUAAAAUGGCUGGGCAUUAGAAGCACUUUGGGUUGGUUUAUAGUCCAACCUCCUUUUUACAGAAUUAGGUUUUUUUGUUUUGUUUUGUUUAGCAGGGGAAACAUACUUCUUAGACAAGAGUUUCUCAAACUGAGACUGGCAUCCCAGGAAAAACAAAGCAGGCAUUAUUUUUAACUUUCUUUUUGGAAGGUUUCCAUGUGGGACUAAGCAACAGCAGACUCAUGUAUUAAGUGCACACUCUUCUGGACUCAUGUCAAAAGUUACUACUGAAGUUCUAUCUAUGUACAUGUGGGGGUGGAGGGAGGCUAAAAAGUCUCAAAUUGCAACAGUUCUCAAUGACUUCUUACCCCAUUUCCUCUUUAUGCCUUGUUAAAAAUAUUGCACCAAAUAGAUGAGUACAGGUGUUAGUUUGUGAAGCUCAAAAUUGAAAGGAGCUGUUACAGUGUAACAAGUGUACCGGGGAAGUGGUACAUUCUUGUCUUCAUGAAUAUGGGACUUCAGUACAUAGUUCACAUGUAUCAAGAGAAGAAUAUAUCCCAAAAGCUGAAAAGGGAAGUUCUGUUAGUAAUUCCCUAAUCUUGGGAAAUCCAACUAUUCUAAAUUUGUGCUUUGGGCCUAAAAAAAAGAUUUUAUUUUUAACAUGUACAAAAAAUUGUAUUGUAACUUUCUUAUCAUAGCAAUUUAUCUUUCUAAACUUUCUAGUGUAAAACCGAAAAAUUUACUGUGGUGAGAUCAGUUGCAGUAUGUUUUAGACCAGAGGUUUCUAAACUAUCUGGGAAAUUGUCACUGUAACUUCCCACUAGAAACAAGGACACAAUAGUUUGUUUGCAUUAAUGUGACUUUUUUUUAAAGGGCAUUUUAUAGCAUGGUAUAGGUUGGAGAUCACUUAAACAUUACAAUUAGGAUAUAUUUUAAUAGUGCUUUGGAUGUACAUGUUUCCUCUAACUUCUGUCUCUUGCAUGCUCAUGGUUCAAAUGUUUACCUCUGGUCUGAAUUUUGCUUCUUGAAAAUAGACAGUUAUGUAGCAGUAGCUUUAUUAGAUGAAGUACAAAUGAAUUUUUGUGGUGUGCAUUUGCGUUGUUGUUU